AUGUUUAUUAAAUAUUUUGUUGUCUUUAUUCUUUUAAAUUGGAAUAUUUUGGGUUCUAGGGCAGAUUGGUGGGAUGAUGUAGUUGAUGGGGUACAUGGAAAAUUGACUCAGGCAGCAGAUUGGAUCAAAGACAAAGCCGGCCCUACAAUCAGAGAAAAAUUUGAUGAAACAAAGAAAACACUUCAGGACCCCAAAACUCAUGAAAAGGUGCAAGAUUGGGUGGAGGAUGAAGCAGUUCCAGUAGUCAAGGAAAAAUUUGAGCAAUUUAAGAAUUUUGUUAAUGAUGAUGUUAUGCCUGAAGUACAAAAAGUGGUAGAAGCGGGUGCAGAAGCUAAUAAAAGAAGAAACUCUCGAGUGGAGGAUGAUGACUAAAAAAUUAAAGAUGUAUAUUGAGUCAAA